GUAAAUAAAGAGAAAACGCUGAGAGGACUUUCUGAAACACGACGUCCCUAAUUACCAGCGCCGUAGAGCCGCAUGAACACAAGCUGAAGGACAGGGCCAGAGCACAGACAACGCAGUGUGGAAUCCUGGUGAGGGACCCGGGCUUGCGACCAGAGGAUUUUGGGAUCGCAUCUCAGAGCGCCGAGGCCAUGUACGAUGGGGCGAGGGUGCCUUCCCCCCAGGACAGCGCCAAUGGGUUCCCCCAGCCAGGGGCGUCCACUGGCAGGCCCAAAUCGGACGAAGAGGACCAGAAGCCAGAGCCUGUGGUGGUGAAGAAGGCCCACAGAGAGAUCCUGGACCAUGAGCGCAAGAGGAGGGUGGAGCUGAAAUGCAUGGAGCUGCAGGAGAUGAUGGAGGAGCAAGGGUACUCUGAAGAGGAGAUACGGCAGAAGGUGGGCACCUUUCGACAGAUGCUGAUGGAGAAAGAGGGCGUGAUCACCAGGGAGGGCUCCCAUGGGCGCCCCGUUGUUAACCACUGCUGUGAGGAGCACGGAGAGGAGCAGACCGAAGCCGAGGGCUACGUAGCAGAAUGCGAUUGCUACGGCGACUGCUACGACAGGGAUUCGGUCUGUCAUAGUGAUUACAGAACAAAGAGGAAGUCAAGCAGCUCCCCAUCUCCUCCUCCUAAGAAGAGGAAGAAGAAGAAAUCUGGGCGUAGGAGGAGCCGGUUCGACAGUGCUUCUCCGCCCCGUAAAGAGAAGAAGAGGAAGAGCGGGAAGAAGCACAAACGAGACAGGUCUACUUCAGGUUCCAGAAAGAAGAGGAGGUACAGAUCUGGGAGCCAAAAGAACAAACACAAAGACAAGAACAAACAGAGAAAGAGGUCCCCUGUGGAUUCCCCUGGCAGGAGGUCCCACCGCAGAGGCAGCUGCAGCUCCCGCAGUGCGUCCCUCUCCUCCACUGGGAGCCUGUCCAAAUCCCCCAGCAGGCUGAACUCGAAGCACAGAGGGGAUGGACACAAGGCCUGCCCCAGCCUCUCCGGCCGCAGCGCGUCCCCCUCCCCCACUUGCACCACCAACCCCUCCACGCUCUGGCAGAACGGGCACCGUGACGGCACCAGGAACGGCCGGGACAACGGCCCCAACCACGUGACGGGGGACAAGUCGCAGGAUGUGCUGAAAUCAGCUGCUGCUUCCCCAGGCACACGCACUCCUCCUUCUCCCCAGCUGAGGGAGGCCAAGGUCCCGGACGGUGCCGGCUGGGUGCCCCGCUUGUCCAUGCCCCCCGGAGACGCUACAUCUGGGGACGAGAAGCAGCAGGGACCAAGGCGGUCCCCGUCGGUGUCCUCCAGCAAACGCAGAAGUCGCCAAAGAGCCCAGGGAAGAAGCUCCCAUUCGCCGGCCCACAGCAGCGACUCCGCCCACUCCCAGCACGACUCCCCGCCGAGCAAGAGGAACAAAAGCACGCAGCACAAAAAGGCGAGGGGGGGCCACUCCUCCAAGAGGCGCCACCGCAGCCGGCCGCAGGCACGCCACCGGAGCUCGUCGGCGUCCCCGACGCGGCGCGGGCGGCGGAAGAAGAAGAGCUCGUCCCGCAGCGUGCGGCAACGCAGCAGCUCCUGGAGCAGCGAGCGCUCCGGUUCCCGCUCCCGCUCGCGGGAGCACGGCAGCAAGGCCAAGUCCCCUCACUCCCGGCAGAACACCUCCAGGGAGAAGGACAGCGCUCACCACUCGGACACGGAGAGCCGUGCCCGCCGCCGCUCGCGGAGCUACUCGCCCAUCCGGAAGAGGAGGCGCGACUCGCCCAGCUUCAUGGAGGCAAGGAGGAUCACCAGUGCUCGCAAGAGGCCCAUCCCGUACUACAGGCCCAGUCCGUCCUCCUCCAGCUCCCUGAGCUCCCACUCCACCUCCAGCCGCAGCCGCAGCCGUAGCUAUGACAGCUACAGCAGCUACAGCCGCAGCGCCAGCCGGAGCCGCAGCAGGAGCCCGAGCCGGAGUCGAACCCGCAGCCCCAGCCGCAACCACAGCUACUCCAGCCGCAGCAGCUCCGAGAGCCCCGGCUUCUAAGCUCCUCCCCCGCCCCCAUCACCGACCCGGGCCCGGCCGGGCCCUCCCCCCGCCCCUCACCACGUCACACCCACAGAGUUCAGUCUUGAGCGUUCCCUCCCUGACCCCUCCCACAAUGAGUGCCCCCUCCUAUGAUGCUGGAGGCCCCGCCCCCGAGUCAAACAUGGCUUUUUUUAACCAGCCCACGGAGAGAUCGAAUGGUAAAUGAGAUGAGAUGCAUGAAAAUAUGUAAAGAGAUUUAAUUUAUUUCAUCCUUUGGUACCUGCGUAUGUAUUGGACGGAACUCAAACACCAGAUUUUUAGUUCAUUAUUCAAAUCCUUAACACACAAGAUGGCUGCAGCCAGGGCCAAGGCUGGUAAUGACCGGCUGCACAUGUUUAUCGGUUUCUUUUUAUCGCAACAGAGCCGAGUUAGAGCACGCGGACAUACGAGAGAGUCCCUCAGGAUGCAGUUUAGAUGAAGGGGCCAUGGGGGGAAUGCCAGGGCUACAUCUCCAAAGCAGACGAUUAAGAGACAGCCAGCAGGUGUUGCGGGUCAUUCCACAUCAGAGAGACUGGAUGACGGGGCACCAGUGAAAACUGGUCCCCCUCAUCCUGUCGUGUCAUUGGUAAAACAGCAGUGGAAACACGAUAUCAGCGGUGCAUUCUUUAUCUUGUAUUUCCGAAAAAUGAGCCGAGAUCAAAAAGGGAAGACAGAUUUUCGAAAUCGCAAAGCAAAUCAGAUUUAGGUGGUCCAACAAGUGGACGUGCAACAUGCAGGCGAUAAAGGAAAAGGCUGAUCGUGUUCCUGCUUCAGAGAUUAACGGAGGAGCCCGAAGAUCAAAACAAGAAGCACUUUCACCAAAAUUUCUCUUUGUAGCAAAAAGAACAACAGCAACAAAACGCAAACCAGUCACCAGGAUACUUCCGCUAAAAGUUGACUUGUGGGCAAAGAAGGAGGCUCAGCAAACAAAAAUACAAAUGGGCCACUAUUUGCCUUCCUCUGUUUUUUUCCCCCAGUGACUGACCAUUUUCAGAAUUGGAGACAGAUCAACAGUUGCAGAAGAACAACUACAAAAAAAGAAAACUAGUUGACAUGGUGAUCAAAACUGAAGCAUUGGUUUUUCCAGUGGUGUACUAUGUACGUCAGGAUGUCAUUGUAAGAUCCAAACAGUUAUCUCUGGCUGUAAACUAUGCACUGUAUAUACCAUGGUAUUUUAGAGUUUGGCCUUUGUGGAUAUUCAGCAUGUUGCACCCAGGACAGAGAGGGGCUGCUUGUAAUGUUCUGAACCCUGGACCCUGGUGCGGCUUCUGGUGACAGGGAAGAUGCACCUGUCUAUUCACCUUUACAGCAGAAUCCUGAUCUUGGUCCUCUGUUGAAGGCACCCAAAAGAUAUGUUUUGCUUUAAUCAUCCACAAUUGUCUUAUGGAAAAAAUUACCUCUGUCACAAAAUCAUUGCGUUAUGUGCAGAAAGUUUUGUUCAUGAUCAUAAUGCUGCAGUGAAUAUACACAAAAACAGGACCCUGACUAAUAUGUGUCCAUGUUCUGUACCAGGUCAUUAUUUAGCCGUUUUUCCAUGUUAUUUAUUGGUAUAUUUAUGUAUUAAUCUAUUUAUUUAUUUAUUUAUUUAUUUAUUUGUCCAUCAAUUUAUUUAUUUUUUAUUUAUACAAUUUGUAAAAUCAAUUCCUGAUUUCAUGCAGAGCGUGCACGUGGGCAGAUACUUUGGCAUUCAAAGAAUUUCAAGCCUUUUUAUCAUUCUCACGACUGCCAUUUUAAACAGCAGUUGUUGGGCAAAGAAGGAAUUGCUGAAGAGGCUGUUAACUAAUUUGAACUGGCAAUGUAUUUCAUAGCUGCUGCUGGUCUUGAGCAGUGUUAGCCAAUGGAAUAAAGAGGAGAGAGGCGGGGCCCUCAAGGGCCCUGCGUAUUAUCACAGGUAUGGUCCAACAUCCCCCCGUAUGCAGAUACUAAACUUUAACAAGGGUCUCCAUGCUACUGGCUUUUUGUUUUUAAACGGCGUACGGGCAAUUCAAAGCUGACCCAUUCACAAGCUCAUGUCUCAGAAGUUUUACUGUACUGAUGUGAAAGCUGGUGGUGCAAUCAGGGAACCUUCAGUCUUCCUGCUCAUUUCUCAGUUUGUUACCCACUCAAUGUUACAUUCAAAAUGUAACCCAAUACUAGUAAACAAUGUUGAGUAAUAAAAGUUACAGCAUUCACCUUUGGAUUGUAUAAAAGUCAGUAGUUGUAGUGUACUAGUUAUUAUACAGAACAAUAAAAUAUAUA